AUGAAUACAAACCAUUUUGAUUGCUUUGUGUCUUAUGAUGAUGGCCCAAAAUGGCACUUCUCUGCUGUAUAUGGCUUCCCUGAAUCUGUUAACAAAAAAUUUACAUGGGAACUUCUCAAUAGGCUUGUUGAUGUUUCUCCAUUGGAUCCAUGGUUACUCAUAGGUGAUUUAAAUGAAAUAUUCUCUCACUCUCAUAAGAAUGGUGGCCCUUUACGGCAUGAUAACCAAAUGGCUGCCUUUCGAAUCACUUUGGAUAGAUGUUUUUUGCAAGAUUUUCCAUUUGAGGGUGAUGAGUUCACAUGGGCUAAGAACCGGAAAAAUCCAGCAGCUUUAAAGGAAAGGUUGGAUUGGUGUCUUAUUAAUAAGAAAUGGACUGAUGCUUUCAUUCUUCCAAAGCUUACACACCUUGAUUAUUUUGAUGCUGAGUGUGUUGAGAUAGUUUCUACUAACUGGCUGCUGCAAACCGAAUGUGAUUUGCCUUCCAAUCUUCAACUCAAUCUGCAGAAUGUUGCAGUAAACCUACAGCAGUGGCACUCCCAAAAGUUUGGACAGUUAAAAAAUGAUAUUUCACAAGCUCAAUCUCGUGUACAAUGUAUUAAUUCCUCUCCAGCUACAGAUUUGUUACAUUCUCACAAUCUUACCACGGCUGAAUCAAUUCUGGAUGAACUUCUUGCUAAAGAGGAACAAUACUGGCAACAAAGGUCACGUAUUGAAUGGUUAAAGUCGGGUGAUCGCAACACAAAAUUUUUCCAUGCCAAAGCUAGUGCUAGAAACUCCACCAAUAAGAUUAAAUCUUUGAAGGAUGCUAAUGGUAAUCUUGUUACUAAUUGUGAGGGGAUUACAAACAUUAUUUCCCAUUAUUUUCAAGAUCUAUUUACUGCUUCAGAGGAAGAUCAUUGGGCUCUCUCACAUGUACUAUCUACUAUCCUUACUACCAUAAAUGAUGAUCAAAAUGAUUUUCUUCUUCGUGACUUUACUAAGGAGGAUGUCUAUUUUACCUUGAAAUCAAUGGCGUCUGAUAAAAGUCCGGGGUUAGAUGGUAUGUCGGCCAUGUUCUACCACCAUCACUGGCACAUUGUUGGAAAUCUUGUCUCAUCGGUAGUCCUACAUAUCCUUAAUGACAAUGGUGACCCUACCAUAUUCAACAAAACUCUUCUUACUUUAAUUCCUAAAGUUAAGAAGCCGACUACUAUGAAGGACUUUCGCCCCAUUAGCCUCUGUAAUGUUGUUUACAAGCUUGUAUCCAAGAUGAUUAUUUACAGAUUUAAAUAUGUUCUCCCUUUGGUCAUCUCAGAAACGCAGAGUGCUUUCCUUCCCAAUCGCCUGAUCACUGAUAAUGUUUUGGUUGCUUUUGAGAUGAUUCAUUCACUCAAACAUCGCAAGCAUGGUAAUAAAGGAUAUGCUGCUAUUAAGCUGGAUAUGAGCAAAGCUUUUGACCGUGUUGAAUGGUCUUUCUUGGCUGCCGUAAUGGGUAAGAUGGGUUUCAAUAUUCGAUGGAUCUCCCUUAUUAUGAGAUGUUUGCAUACUACUUCCUUUUCUUUCAAUCUCAAUGGUUCGGUGGUUGGUUCAAUUACUCCUCAGCGUGGUCUUCGUCAAGGUGAUCCCCUUUCCCCAUACCUCUUCCUCAUUUGUUCAGAAGGAUUGUCUCGUUUAUUACAAUAUGAGGAAAGAGUUGGUCGACUCAAGGGUUAUGCUGUUUCAAGAAGAGCUCCUACAAUAUCCCAUUUAUUUUUUGCGGAUGACAGCCUACUCUUUUGUCAAGCUGAUGAUCGAUCUUGUGGGUCUAUCAAACGUGCUUUAAACAUCUAUCACCGUGCUUCGGGUCAAGAACUCAACUUAGAUAAAUCGGUUAUGUCUUUCUCUCCAAAUACUCCUCCACUUGUUCAGCAUUCUUUUCAGAAUAUUCUUGGAAUGCCUAUAAGUGAUUGUCACGAAAAAUACUUGGGUCUGCCAGCUUACUCUGAAAGGGAUAAGAAGCAACUUUUUGCUGAUAUUAAAGAACGAAUUUGGAAAUUGAUGAAUUCUUGGAAUGACAAACUUUUUUCUAUUGGGAGGAAAGAGCAUGUAGCCUUUGUUCGAAUGCCUAGGAGUCGGUUGAGCAUGCUUUGUUCCUAUGCAAACAUGCUAAAAAAGUCUGGCGUGUGGCUGGAACAACUUUAUUCAUGGCAAACCAGGCCUCUCACCAACACAAAUUUGGGCCAAACUGCUGCAUAUUAUUGCAACUUUCAGCAGCAUUCAACUUCACCGAACUCCAUCAAAGACUCUACAGGUGCGGCUGCUCACCCCAAAUGGCUCUGCCCACCUUUGGAUAAAUUAAAAAUGAAUGUUGAUGCCGCUUGUGAUGUCUCCCGUAACAAAAUUGGUGUUGGUAUCAUUAUUCAAAAUUCUUCGGGUCAAGUUGUUGCAGCCAAUUCGAAGCUUCUUACGGGUAGAUACAAGCCACAAGAAAUGGAAGCCAAAGCAUUAAUUUUGGGAAUCGAUUGUGCAGCUCUUUGUAAUUUAUCGGUCAAUCUUUUGGAAUCGGAUUCCCUGAUUUUAGUUAAUUCAAUUAAUAGUAACUCUAAUGCUAUUUCUUCUUUUGGUGAUUUAGUUUUGGAUAUUAAGAAUCGUUUGUCCUAUCUCUCCUCUGUUUGUGUAUCUCAUGUUAAGCAAGAUGCUAACCAAGCUGCUCAUGGCUUGGCUAAAGAUGCAUUGGAGUUGGAUGAUGAUUGUAUGUGGUUUGAGGAAAUUCCCUCUACCAUUUUCUCUGUUGCUGUAAAUGAUGCUCUCUAA